AUGGAUGCUAUUGUACAGCAACUAGCCGAACGGAGGGCCUUCCUUGAAUACGCGAAGCAUGAACACGCUCGGUUCUCGUCCAUUGUGGGGCGAAUACCGGAGGACGUCUUAUCCAUCAUCUUCGAGUACACCAUACCGUCUUAUUUGACGGGAAGAGGUGGCUUGUCGCAGCGGAGGUCGUCCCUCUCCCUCAACGUGUCUCGAGUUUGUCAACGCUGGCGGACUGUCGCACUCGGCAACCCAAAGUUAUGGAACAAGUUUUAUGUGAACAUGACCAAGGUUGCAAUAAAUGCCGUUCCUCCUCGCUUCUUCGAGCUAGCGGCAAGAUGCCGUCUACAUCCUACUUAUUUGUUCAUCCGCAGUCUGAGAUAUUCACGGUUGGAACAGAGCGGAAUACCCGAAGGCCUAAGCAACACCUGCAAGGGCGUUGAGCUGUUUUGUCCGCGCGUCAGCUAUCGGUCCAUGUCCCCUAUUCUUCUAGAUAGAUGGCUUGCUCGAAACCUACCUAACUUGGUGUCCUUAUCUCUCUUAGGAUACCAUCUUCAAGUCAUCAAACCCGCUCAGGUUGAUCAGCCGCACCUUCCAGCCUUCUCUCGGUUAUCUAACCUGAAUGUCCAUUUUGUCAAUGACUUUGAUGUACAAAACUUCCGGGAUGUGGAUCUACGCGCUGUCUACCAGCUGCGGUUGCCCGCCUUGCGACGUCUAGUUCUUUUCCUUACCCCGGUACGCUACCGCAAACCCAUAGACAUGAUUCAACUGGCCGAUAGCUUCCCCGGCUUGGAAGAGCUUCAUAUCUAUAGCUGUUCAGAAUCAAAUACAAAACCGUCGUCCACAGGACGGACGGCCACUUUCUCUCACCUGAAAGUCUUGACAUGGGUACACAAGCAGUGCACGUUGAAUCAGUUUCGUCAUGCAUUUCAAUCGUUGGUGCUCCCGUCACUCUCGGAGCUCACUUGUACCUUCACCCUGAAACCCGCCGGAACGAUAGACAGUCGGUCCGUGGAAGUACUAGAAGCAUGUCUUACUCGUUCUCAAUGUCUCCUUAAACGGAUGAAUGCCGCCAGUGCCGCCAGCCUGGACAGCUCUUGGAACCGCCCAUGGGCUGAACGACUUCGGAAUGCCUAUCCGCAACUUCAGUUGGUCAACGAAAAAACCUACUUCGAUGUCAACGAGAUCAAGGCUGCUUGGUAUCACUAG